UGUUAAUUCAAUGUCCAAAAGACAAUUCUAGACUAUCUGCUUAGUAUGCACUUGCCAAGGAUUACACUUUCAACUAAAUCAAUUCAAAUAUUGACAUUACCUGACCGAGCAGUAACAUCUUUGUGCAACAGUUUUUAAUCGAUUUUAAAGUAUCUUAGCAGAAAGUGAUUUAUAUUUAGCUUCAACACAAAUCAUUUAAGAGCCUCCUAAUUUAGCUCUUUACUUAAGUAAUUCCUGAUAUAAUUUACAACGAAGUGAAUGUGCUUGUCUGCAGUACUUGUGUAACCUAGAACUCACAAUUCGGACCCGAUGCAGACACGUGAAGGCAUCAUCAGCAGCUCACCCGGUGGAGCCGGGGCUCACGUGCACAUUUGACUUACAUUGACUGUAAUGUACAGGGAGAAUGGCGGGCCUGUGGAGAUCCUACCAAGUGUUGAUGACCAAAUACCCCUGGACAGUACAGUUAGUGACCGCUGGAUCUCUGAUGGGCGUCGGUGAUGUCAUCGCCCAACAGCUGAUUGAGAGAAGAGGAUUGGCUCAUCACAACGUGCGGCGCACGGCCAAGAUGAUGAGCAUUGGUUUCUUCUUCGUGGGUCCAGUAAUCGGCAGUUGGUACAAAGUUCUGGACCGACUGGUGGUUGGAGGAACGAAAAGUGCCGCCAUGAAGAAAAUGCUGGUCGACCAGUUGUGCUUCGCUCCGUGUUUCCUGGGAGCCUUCCUCGGUAUCUCCGGUGCUCUGAACGGACUGACGGCGGAGGAGAACGUCACCAAGCUCAAGAGGGACUACCCAGAUGCCCUGAUCUCAAAUUACUACCUUUGGCCUGCAGUCCAGAUUGCCAAUUUCUACUUCAUUCCACUCCACUACCGAUUGGCUGUCGUCCAGAUUGUUGCUGUUACUUGGAACUCCUACCUGACCUGGAAGGCCAAUAAGAUGAUUGCAGCGAGGACCUCGAGUGGAGAACAAAAGAGGAAUAUCAUGAGAUCAGUGUCAUCAUCAUCCCACGUCUAAACAAUCACCAGUGACUCUCCAGCUGCUCGGCCUAGUGUCACACAAAUGCAGCACGGAGGAGGAGGAGGAUGCUGUUGUUGUUGUCGCCGCCUCUGACUGAGUAAGCACGGAUGAUGCUGUCGCCUUCCCGAGUGGAUGAGGGGAAUCCUUCACUCUCUGCAGUUCUCUUUUUACGUAAGUGGUCUUGUUAGAGAGGACUUCACACGUCCCCUCUGUACGACGCACAGUGAGCUGCUGCUGCAAAUAUUACAAUUCAUCAGCAGAGCAACAAGAACAUCUAUAAACAAACUCUGACACGCUUGCACUAUUUCAGUUUGAGAGCCGUCAGUGUAGCGCUUUAUUUUGCAUUUUUAGAAACGUGUUUUGUCGGCACCACGUUCACUGAAACACUUUAAAUACGUAGCAUUUUAUGACGUAAGAGCCGUUACAAGUAAAGCUAUCAUGUACUAAGAAUUAAUAUUGUAUAUAUAUAGUAUGUAGCAUCUUAUGACACGUCCACUUAACAACCAAGGAUAACUAUUUGAGGCAA